GUUUCCUCCAUGGAGCUCGGGCUGAUUUCUAAUGGACAGUCCAGAAUCAGAGAUCUAAUUGGAAUUUUUUUCAUGGUGUUGCUCAGCAUCGUUGCACUGCUGGCCAACACAGCUGUGAUUGUGGUCAUCAUCAAAUCUCCGCAGCUGAGGAAGUUUGUUUUCGUAUUCCAUCUGUGUGUGGUGGACCUUCUCUCUGCCAUUUUCUUGAUGCCUCUGGCAAUUGUUUCCAGUUCCCAUUUUUUUGGCACAGUGAUGUUUAGUCUGUUGGAAUGCCAGGUUUUCAUAUUCCUAAAUGUUUGCUUGAUUUGUGCAUCUAUUCUCACCAUCACGGCCAUCAGCAUUGAACGGUAUUACUACAUAGUCCAUCCCAUGAGGUACGAGGUUAAAAUGACAGCUGGCCUAGCCGUAGCCGUUGUGGUUUUUAUAUGGAUCAAGUCAAUUUUACUGGCCUCCUUUCCGCUGUUGACCUGGCCCACUUAUGGAAUUCAAGGCACAACCAAUGCUACCAAUUGCUCUUUAUACUGGUGCCCCAGUGUCUACAAAAAGGCCUUUGUCAUAAUUUUCAGCAUCCUUUGUUUUUUCCUACCAACUAUUAUCAUCUUCAUUGUCUACUGCAGUGUUUAUAAGGUGGCAAGGAUUGCAGCCUUGCAGCAAGUACCUGUCCCUUCAUGGGUUAACAAUUCAAAGAGGCGCUCAGACUCAAUUAACAGCCAAACAACCAUCAUCACCACAAGGAAUCUUCCUCAAAGACUGUCUGCUGAGAACGUCUUUGGGGGAAGCAAAGCUGCUUUUACUUUGAUCAUUAUCGUAGGCCAAUUUCUGCUCUGCUGGUUGCCUUUCUUUUCCUUUCAUCUCUAUUUGUCAGUAAAUGAGGCUGUCAAAAGCCCUGGAGAUGUAGAGACCAUAGUUACCUGGCUUGCCUACUCCUCAUUUGCUAUUAACCCUUUCUUCUAUGGACUCCUGAACCGUCAGAUAAGAGAGGAACUCUGUAAGCUCAAAAGGUGCUACAUGACCAGGACUUCAGAGUUGGGCAUUUCAAGCCAAGAAGGUUCCAUCCAGGAGAACUUCCUGCAGUUCUUACAAAGGACCAGCUGCACGGUGGAAACCAGGUCAAGCUGCAUCAAUUCUAGCCCCAGAAACACUCUGGACCAAACAGUGCCAUGUUUCAGAAUCCCGGGUCAAAUCCCAGAAUAAUGUAUAAAAAAUGUAAAGUAUGCACACAUACUAAAAGACCAUUCUUACAAUAACUGGCUGUUGAUCCUGGAUUUAGAGGUCAGUUACAGGUUCAGAUGAGGUAUUUUUAUUUCUUUCAAAAAUGAAUAACUAUAUUACUAUUGUGUGAGCUGUUCAAAUGACCUAAGACAGCAGCCAGUAUGAGCACUGUAUAUAAAACAGAAGAAUGCCUUUGUUCAUUUUUUUUUGCACUAGGAGAAUAGUGGAUACUGAAAAAAUAAUUCCUUUCUUACAUUGGUUUACUGCUUUUUCACAACUAAGUAUCUGCAAGAAUUGUGUGGGUUACUUUAAUUUUUAAUUAUAAUUAUUAUUAAUUUUCCUCAUUACAAAACGAUAGU